AACUUCUGUCUGAUUUUCUCAUUUCAGUGUUUUAAUCGUCCUGUGGAGAAUCUGCACUGUCAUGUUUUGCAGCCGCGCUGACGAUGCUUUCUCUCUGCAAUUUGGUGUCGGUGCACACCUCACCUCACCUUAUCUAAGGCACGGAUUUAACACCCAAACCUCCUCCUCCUCCUGAGCAUCCUGCUGAUAUAUGAGCCACCGACAAAACGGCAGGUUGACGUCUCUCCUCUGAGGAUGUCUUCAUGUGAAAGUGCUGCGUCACAUCAAGCCUGUGAAGCUCCGCCCUCCUCACUUGAGCCCGAUGGAGCCCUGAGGAUGGUGCUGUUGGGGAGGACAGGAUCAGGAAGGAGCUCCUCAGGUAACACCAUCCUGGGCAGGUCCGCCUUCCGGGUGGAUGUCUCACCGUGCUCUGUCACCCAGCUGUGCGAGACGCAGACUGGGACAGUAGACGGGCGGAGCGUCUCUGUGAUCGACACUCCGGGGUUCUUCAACACACACCUGCCCCCUCAGGAGGUCCUGUCCGAGGUGGGGCGCUGUGUGGUCCUGUCCUCUCCGGGUCCUCAUGUCUUCCUGGUGACGCUGCGGCCCGGCAGGUUCACCUCCGAGGAGAGAGACGCCCUGGAGUGGAUCAGAGCGACGUUUGGACCUGGAGUCACCAGGUUCACCGUGGUCCUGUUCACCUGGGGAGAUCACCUACGAGGUAAAUCCAUCCAGGACUUCCUGGAGACGAGCGAUGAGCUGUCGGAGUUUGUCAGCAGCUGCCGGGGGGGUCAUCACGUCUUCGAUAAUAGCCAGCAGGACAAAACAACCGAGCGCUCACAGCAGGUCACGCAGCUGCUGGAGAAGAUACACAGGAUGCUGGAGAGCAACGGUGGCGGUUGCUAUAGCAACGAGAUGUACAAGGACGCCGAGACGGCCAUCAGGAAUGUGCAACAGAGGAUUCUGGGAGAUUUAGGACACAAGGUGGAGUCACCACAGAGGGAAGGUGGAGCCAAAGAGAAGCAAGGAGAGGAGACGAGGAGGGAGGAGGAGGAGGCGAGGAAAAGUGAGGAGAAACUUUUCUGGUGCGAGCUGCUGACGGCGCUGGGGAAAGGAGCAGCGGAGGGCGCCGGGAUCAUGGGGAAGGACAAAGGGAAAGGGAAAGCCGUGAAGAAGGCGAAGGUGGUGGAGAGGGCUGCAGCUCUGGCAGCUUCACCGCUCUCCGUCUGCUCGGCUGCAAAGGCGGUGGGCGGAGCCGUCAGAGAGGGCAGCAAGGUGUUAUACAAACACAGGAAAACGUUCCUGCACUGAGAAUCACUCACAUCUCAUCAGCGUUGUCACAGAACCAGAAUUUUACACUUUGAUAUGAUAACUGGACUUUUUACACGCUCACACAUACACACACAGUUACUCUCCCACUAUGUUGACGAGCAGAGACGCCUGAUUGGACGACACUGCACAGUGACACUUGAAGGUCACUGCUGCUUCAUACAACACUCCCACCACAUAAACCCCGCCCCCAACAUCUGAGGUUUUGAACAAAACCUGGUCGGACUUCGGGUUGGUGGGACAACUUUUUAAAUGAAAUGGUCGUCGCUGAGGAAAGGCGAGAAAAUGUUGCCUACCUGUGGACGACGCCUCAAACUGUUUGUAGUUUUACUGGAUCUGAAGAAGUGAGACAGAAACAUUUAGAAAAGACGUCAGGAAAGAUAUUUUUAAUGU